AUAAUGUCUAUGAGAUCGUUCGAUGAAAAUUGACGCUUGAAGAUGUCAGUAUUGGAAACGAUGUCAAUUAAACAGCUGAAGAUGGUAGUACAGAUUUCAAGUAAAUUUCAAUCGAGGGUAUUAGUAAAAAUGUCAAUUAGAAAGUUAAGGAGAAAGUAUUUCGAAAAUAGUUCAGAUUCAAUCUAACACGGAAGAAAAACGUUGGACAUUUCUCUUUGAAUAUCUUACGCAAUGGUCACAAGAUUGGUCACAACGAAGCUUACGUUUAAAUGAAAACUGAGGUAUGACGUUUCGAUUAAACAAAUAAUAAGAAGCUAUUUUUCAGACAUAGUCCAGACUAAAUCUAGUACGAAACGAGAUAUUCCUAGCCACAGAUAUCUGUCCAAUCUAGUAAGUUAUCAUCUAAUUUCUCUCUUACAUUAAACGUACACACUGUGGCCGAAUAUAAUCUCAGAUGCUUCGAUCGAAAUACGUUAGACUGUUAUAAAAAUUCGCAUAUUUCAAAAGAAUACAGGAAAAUAGAGCGCCGAGUAAAACAAACGAGAAGCUUCAAACUUCGCAGUGCAUCGCUACUUCAGUUUUCAGAUUGAAAGAGCAAAAUAUUUUUUAAUUCGUAUCUUUUCCUGCAACAUUUCUCUGAUUUCUCAAGCAAUUUGAAUCAAAAUGAUAAUGUUUCGUAUUUGAAUAAAAAUAUAGGAGAAUCGGAUGCUAAGUAAAACACAAGGCAAACUUCAAAAAUACACCUCUAUUUCGGCUUUCAGACUAAAGGAGUAAAAUAUUUCCAAGCUGAUACUUUUUUCUGCAUGAUUCCUCUGCCAUUUUGUCCAAUGAUAAUUUCCAAUAUUUAAAUCACAUUUACACCAAAAACGUAACUGGAUACUGUCUUACUCUAAAUUAAUAUCUUGGAGAUUAUUAAAUUACGAUUUCAAAUUAAGAUUCUCUUACUGAUCGAUCUUUUAGAAAGACAAAAGUUGCGUUUUUUUUAUUAGUGAGCUUCAAUGACAAGAGCAGAACAAUGAAUAACACAUAGCUAAUUUGCUUGCACGCUCCCGAAGGUCCGAAUGGAAUUGCCAUCCGGCAUUAUCUGUGUCUGAUUUGCAUUCGUAACCAUCGACCCAAAUAUAUGUGGCUCCCUAUCACGGAAUCAAUAUAGCGUUUCGACAUUGUACCUUUGUGGCUUGUAUGAUAGAGCUUCUUGCUUACAAACAACCAAAGUAACGCGUUCUGCUUCGGGGAUAUUCAAAUGGAUGGAUUUUAAUGAGGAGGUGGAUGACGAGCGAGAAAAGAAUAUUUAAUAUGAUAUCGAUAUUUUUGAUCAGUUCGUCGUGAGUAUAUAAAUUGGAAAGGAUAUAUAAAUUGCAUGGCAUCUAAAUAUUUAAAGAAUUCAGAUAAAUAUACUGCAAGGAAUAAAAAAUUUUCGUGGCACGUGUUUUAGAGCUUAUUUUCAAGACGGAAAAUUGUAAAGUUCUUAGUAAAAAAUGAGAAGCAAAAUUUAUAUUCAUUCAAUAGGAAUAAAUUUAAAUGGCACUGGGAACUGUAUGUAGUAUUUAUUUGACGAUGCUCGAAGAAUUUCACCCCCUCCAUUCGACUAUUAAUAACGUUAAAAACAACGAGAGACAGUGGAUUGUUUCAAAGAUUCUAAAAUUAGAACUAAUACAAGCAAGAAGUAUUAACAAGUAUUAACAAGUACUACAGUACUAAAUCUUUAUAAGUUAUCCUCCGCUAUAAGAAUUUUCAAAUAACAUUUGCUCAAAAACCCAUCUCUCUAUUAAAACGCCGAGAAAAAUCGGACGAAAUCUAAAAGAAAGCUCAAUCUAUAAGCAUCUCUUUCGACAAUGUUGCAUCAAAGUCGAAAUUAAUUCAUUUUGUAACCCAAUAGAAACACGCGAUCUAACCAUGAUCGAGCUACGAUCCAGCCUAUCACCAUGCAGCAUAGAAAUUGUAAUUUCUAAAUAAAAAUGAUAUACGAUAUUAAAAUUACAAUUUUUGGAUAAGAUCGAUACACGCUGUUACAAUUACUAUCGUUAAAUAAAAAUGUAACAUUAAAAAUUAUAAUUCCUUAUGAAAUUGUUGUCGCUAGAUUGGAAUUACGUUUCUCGACUAAAAUUGAUACUCGACAUUUGAGUUACGAUUCUUGAAUAAAAUUCAUCCACAACGUUAGAAUUAGAAUUUCUGAAUGAAAUUGAUACACGGUAUUGAACUUACGAUUGCCGAAUAAAAUUCGUUACAUGACACUAGAAUUAUAAUACCCGAAUAAGAUUGACUCACGACUCGUUCCAUCAAAAUUCACCAGGGAUGUAGUUAGCUUUCCGAAACCUCGCGGCUCUAAUUAAUUCAUGUCUCGAACAUUGCCUCCAGUCGAGGAUACAGUGUAUGGCCACAUCGUAGAGAGACUAGGUCAAGGAGAAUCACUCGUGGUACUCUCUCGUGCCGCUCCUUUGCGAAACGCAAUACUUCUCAGCUGAUUGCAAUAUUUAUUUUCGUUCGUCGGACGUACGCGAGCCGACAUCGAAGAGGUUGCUUUCCCGGCGUGUGCCAUCCGGAAUUAUCAGAUCUGAUCAGUGAUUUAACGAUCGAUAAUAAAUUCGAGUAACUCGUGUGAUGAUAGCUUCUCUUCCUUUUCCUUUUUCUUUCAAACGUGUUGUCGAACAGUUGUACGAUCAGAUAAGAAAACGAUAUAAAAUAUGAGAUACGAGAUAAAAUAUGAAUUAUAUGAGAAAUAAAAUAACGGAGGAUUUGAUUAUACGAAUGUAACCAGCAGUACUCAUACGUAUCGUGUAAUCCGCUUGGGAUUAUUUCACGAUAGAUCGUUGUGCGUUAAGUAGUUCAAUUUGUCGUAAUAUUACGAGCAUCAUUGGGCUGAUGUAACUGACAGAACGUUAAGAUUAAUUCUAGACUUUGGAAUCUUCUCUUCGAAUUUAGAAUUCUGAUUUUCAGAAUAUGCGUAAGAAUGGCUACUUUUACGUUCACUGAAAAGAGUAAUUUAAAUUGAAAUUCGAUUUAAAUUUGAAGAUACGUAGGAACGGCCUUUUCUCGAAUGGAUUAUUUAAUUUGAUUUUGAGAAGCUUUUUUAAAAAAAUAGAUUAUUAUUUGGAAAGUAGGAAAAACUGGUAUAAUUUCUUGAUUAACUAAAAUGGCAGUGAAAGUACUAUAUUACUAUAAAAUUAUCGCUAAUUCGAUUCCUAUGUUAGUUAAAAUAUAAUUAAUUUUAGAAUUAAUGAAAGAAUAAGACAAUAAAGUAGUUGAAAAACUAGCACACAGACCAUAAACAUAGAAAAGAGGUAACAGAAUUUUUAAUCAUUUAAAAAAGCAAUGCAAGCAUUACUAUUGAAAUAUUUAGUUGUUUGAUUGUUAAUUAAGAGUAGAAAAUGAUUAUCAAUGAAUAAAUGGAAGGAUUAUAAGUUAAAAAGAUAAUUCAAAAUAGAUAAAAAAUUUUAUUAUUUACAAAGACUGUAGAAACAUUAAUUCGAUUGUGAAUAACAAUUAAGAAAAGUUUAUUAGUGAGUAAUUGAACAGUUACGACGAAACAGUUGUAAAUUAAUUUACCUCGAGUAUUAAUAGUCUAUAAAAAAUAUCUAUAAAAGGACACAGAAGAAUAAAAAACAAAAGAAUAAUAAGAAAUAAGUAACAUAUCUGAUGAUUAAAAAGGCUAAAUAUUCGGAAUUUUGCAGCGUGAUGCAUAAUUAAAAUUCCAUGAAGGGUAAAGAGAGAAAUUACCGAGUAAAGAUCCUUGGUUGACCAUAUCCGAGUGCUUUCUCUUUUCCGCCUCCCCUGUAUCCUCUAUACAUUCCAACAUACUAGUCUUGCAACCCAUCCUCCAAGCAAUUUCUCACCUCGUGCACAAUUCUUUGUUCCUCUUUGACAUAUCGUUCACAGUUCAUUGACUGGAUUCUAGAAAAAAAAAAAGAAAAAAAGAAAGAUAGUUCCUGUUAUAAAUCCUGUUAUAAUAAGUUAGGUUACAGUACUUCUUCCAAUAUUUUUUUGUCGAAGGAAGUAUCUACUAAGAUACACGUAUAUAAAGGGAGCUUAUCAAAUUAAAUUACCUAAGAGAUAAAAUCGCUAAGAAUUAAUCAAAUUAUCCAAAUCAAUUAUCCAAAUUAAAUUCGCCAAGAAAUCAAAUGUUCGAGAAUUACAAAAAUUAUUCAAGCAAAUAUCCACAGUAAAUUCUCUAAGAACUGGAACUGUCAUGAUUUAUUAAAAUUCACAAAUCAAUUAUCCGAAUCGAAUUCUCUAAGAUAUGAAACUGGUAAAAAAUCAUGAAAAAUUGGCAAAUCAAUUAUUCGAAUUAAGUUAUAUUUACAGAGAUAACGUUCCAUUCACAUACAAAGAUAACAGAAAAUUUCUUUGCAAAUAUUUAUGAUACAUGAAUAUUUACGAUAGGGAAAAGAUUCACGACAAGAAACGUGACUCGCAUAAUUAAUUCGAAAACGAGAAUUCGGCAUGUUCGAGAAAUGCAAACAGGUUGAACGUUCCUCCUCAAUGCCGUGGAACAAGUUCGAGAACGAUGUGCAUACAUACGUGCGUAUGCUGGUAGUACAGGAAGUAUCGAGUGAGAAAGAGACUGGAUCAGAAUGAGUAGGCAAUUCUGAAUAUUCAUGAGGCAUUUACAACACUAUUGAACAUAAAACAGCAUGUUUGUAAAUUGACCGAAAACAAUUGAAACUUACCAUGAAAAACGUGUACAAGGUGUAUUUGGUUUUCAUGAUUCUUGAAGAGUGCAUGAUAAUAGAAAGGAUGAAGUUCUUGCAUGGUUUGAGCACUUGAAAGUAUUUAACACUGAUUGACUAUUUAACACUAAAUUACACGAAACAUGUUUCUUACUGCACAAAUUAUUCCUUUGGUUUAAAAUUUUUCAUUGAAAACUGCAAUUACACGAAGUUCCUUUAUGGUGAUGAGAUCCCUUAUAAUGACAUUGUACGACGAAGAAAAAUUAGGCUUAUCGAAAGGAAUUACCAGGCGUAAAGAUUCAUAGAUUUUAAGAAAUUACUAUAGAUAUUUUCGUAUAGCUCUUUACGGCAUUAACAUAAUAUAACGUUGUAGAUUAUUUGAAAGAGAUAUUGUUAAGAUGAAGUUAUUCGAAAGAUCAAGAAAUUGAUAAGUUCUUCAGAAUAAAAUUACGUGAUACGUAGGAAAAUAAGUUCUAUCGCUUAAGAAAAUUAGCCAGUAACACAGAUAAAUUAGAUUAAAAAUGAGAAUAAGCUAGCAAAAGUACUGAGAUAUUAUAAGUAGAAUACUUUAGUAAUAUUACUCAUAUGAAAUCAAGAGUCAGCAACAUAACUUAAUUACUUUAAAGAAUUUAAACAUUCUACCGUUUUCCAAAAAUUCAAAAAUUAUCCUAAUAUGAAAUAAAAGAUUAGUAUAAGCCGCAUAGUAAAAUUAACGUAAAUCAUUUAAUAUAGAUCAUCGAAAAAGAUAAUGUUUCAAUGAAGUAUCAAACUUUUACGAAUCUUUUACUCAAUACACACCGCUGAACAACAUUUAGAAGCAAGUUGGAAUUCUCAAACGAGCACCAGCUACUCACGACGAAUGUAUUAUAACAAUAUUAUAACAUUCUUUGCAAAAUUACAAAUUCAUUUGUAUUGAAUCGAUAUUAUACGCAAACACGAUUUCCUGCACAAACCGAUAUUCCACAUUCAUGAAUGUUCCAACACCUAAUUUUAGUGAAAACUUCAAUUCAACUGGAAAAACUCGAAAUACUCACUAGCACGAGAACGCCGAAACAGAAACUGAAAAUUACCAUCAGCCAGCUUUAUUCGUAGCCCAACUAACAAACUGAAAGAGUCAUUUUGUCUGACACUGAACCGGACGACACGAAAGCCAGCUCGAGAAUCACAGACACGCGCUUUCAAUCGCUGACAUUCUUCUCUUUAUCUUAUCACACAAGCCUGUAGUCUACAGGCUGUGGAGAUCACCAAUUCCAAAAAUUCCUACAUCCAAAACUCGCUCAAACAACAAAUUCACGUCACAAACUCCACCCGAUUUCGGUUUAUUUCACGAUCGUAAUUUCUUCGACCAUCCUAAACAACGUUUGAUCGACGUAACCGCGAGGAUUACAUCGCGUUACUAAACACGUAAACACGUCAUCUGUGCACGAGAAAAUUUACGUUUUGCUUGCUUGAGAGUCGGAGAGAGAAAGAGAGGAAGAGAUAGAUGGGAUUUAAUCUAAAUCUCGGACAACACGUUAAGAAUUAAAAAUUUCGAAGAAAAGUAACGACAAUAGGCUGUCAAUGAACGAUAGAUCCUCUUGGACGUAGACCAAAUUGAGAAAUCAUCGAGUUUGUCAAUCGAUAGUUCGGUCCCGAUCGAGAUCGCGUUUCAACAUUGGCUCGAAGCUACCCAGAGACAUUUAGACCUCGAGGACGCACAUUCCUCGUCAACCAUCCGAUAUUUAUUGCUGUCUGUUUGUUCCCACUCGCGAGUAAUUAAUGUCAACUUUCAGCUUUCUGAUUCGAAACAUCUCCAAAAGUUUUAUUCUCCAAAAUUAGAAUUAUUGAUCGACGACGAAAUAUUUUCUAUUAAAUUCCUUGUUUUCCCCUAUUUUGUUCCAAGUUGCUCACGAUAUUUUAAAAGUUCCGUAAAUUAAAAGUUCCAUUACAAGUACACGAGAAAACAGUACACUGUGAGGAUUGAUCGAUAGACGACUAGACGAAUCACGUUUUCAUCGACGAUUUUUCAACCACGAUCGACCGAUCCAUUGUUAGGCGACACAGUAUCCCGAGAUGUGCACGAAGUUUUAAUAAAGCUAGACCCAGUUGUGUAGACUGCAUGGUGGCCUCGAAUCCACUGACUAAAGUUCGCGAUUCCACGAGGACAAUGUGAGCUGAAGAGGCCACAGGUCGGGAUGCCUCAGCCCCUCUUCUUCUUGAGCACGUAGCCAAAUUAUUUUGUUUGCUCUGUGGUACUGCGUCGACGCCAGGGGAUCUCUUCUUUUCUUUAAGGGCACGUUCGCACUACGUGACAUAUGAUUUAUUCGUUUAUUAGAGUUUGUUUUGAUAAGCAAAAAAAAAUAUCUGUUACGAAAUUUUUGGUAAAUAUCUUUUCGAGAUAAAAUUGAUCGGUGACAGAUUACAUUUUUAUAAGAAAAGGAAAGGAUAUUAUUUACAGGUUUCUUCUUAGGCUUCAAAUUGAUAUAACUGCAAAGUAUUUCUUGGUAAAUAUCCUUUAAAGAUAAAAUUGAUAGUUUACAAGGACCUUUAUAAGGAUGUUUCGCGUGACAAACGAUUCUUUAGCUUUCUUGCUAGGUUUAAGUUUACUAUAACCAGAUGAUGUUAAAAUUGAUAAGAUUAAAAUUAAGAUUAAGGUUACCAUUCUUCGAUAACAAGAUAAAAUUGAUCGAUGUCUAAGUUUAUCCUCAUAAGGAUGUUUCAUGUAAAAGAGAAUUUUUUUAAUUUAGAUUUCUUGGCAGAUUUAAAGUUGGUGUAACUAGAUGUUUUUAAUUGAUACAUCCCUGAUAGUUCAUAUCUUCGUAAGGAUGUUUUAUGAUAAAGAGUGCUUUUUUCGAUAGAUUCAUCGAUAGGGUUGAAGUUGAACUAAAGUAGAAAUUUUAGAAAGGUAUAUAUAUAUAUAUGUAGGUUGAAUUAGGUAGGAUUAGCGAGAUAAUGAUUGAAACAUUAGCAAUUAAAUCUAUAAAUAAAGUCCAUAACUACUAUGAUACUAACUAUGAUAGUUUCCCAAAAAAUAAUAUCGUUUACGGAAGUUAAUGAUUAGAAUGUUAAAAAGAUAAAUGUACGCCCAUUAACGAAAUUAAUUGCGGCAACAUCUUGAAGAGCAACAUAAACCAUUAGCAAAGAUUAAUCGCAGAAACUAACGUAGUUUCUGCAACAAAAUUAAUGGAUACAGUUUUGGAAGCUAUCGCGAAUUAUUUAGUUAGAAUAGUCGAAAACACUAGAGGUAGAAUUCGAUGUGAAAUAUUUUUAGCGUUUUAUUGAGAAAGAGGAUUCUAAAAGGACUCUAAGAGUAAUAGCAAAAAAGAUCGUUUAUCUUAAAAAGUUUAUUAAUCAUUUAGAAAAUAGAAAACAAAUAUUUUAAUUUUAUUCUCCAUAGCUUCUAAAGUGAAUCACGAACGAUUAAACGACACUGUAGAGACAAUAGACAUGAUUAAUUAAGAUGCAUACAGUUAGACAAUGAAAUUAUCUUACGUAUGUUAUUUAAUAAUUCAUAGCUUGAUCGUAUUUUACUGGAUUGAGAAGAUACUAAUGAUAUUUUUGAUGAAUCGAUAGAUACAACACGGAUAGAAUAAUAAUAGGUACAGUGGCAUGAGAUAGUGUAUGAUAGGUUUGCAGCACGAUACGAAUGUCACGUUAUGAAACAUUGAACAGAAUCUCCUUGAAAACAUCAUUCGAUUUGAAAGGCUAAUAUUGCACACUGUCUGAAUAGUAAACAGCAAUUGCACUCGUGACCUGUUUGGUUUUGCAGAAGUUCAAAACGCAGUGUAGAGAUAAAAAAAAGCUGGAUUGGUUUAAUACGAACUUUUAAAAUGCAAAACCCUUUAACCUGCUGUUUGGGUGUUUAUUAAUGCAGCUUUUUAUAUUAAUACUAUUUGUUUAAGAAGGUUAUAGAAAGGUGAAGAAAGUGUUGGUACGAAGUAUAAAAUAUAAAAUAGCAUCAAAUAGAAUUAACAUAUAUAUGUAUAAUCUCUGCAUGUAAAAAAGAAUUUAAUAGGAAAUAAGAAGAUAUAGUUAUAAGAGAGAAAGCGAGUGUUUCGUCCGAGAUCUGUUAGUAUGGACUCUUCAGUAAGGCUUACCUAAGACAGUAAGGCUUAGACACAAUGAAAGAAGAGAGAAAGAGAUAUAGUUAUAAUAUAUACGAAAUAUAAAAUUAAGUACUGAUAUCUAAAAUAUAAAAUGAACUGUCUAUUUCGAAAGAUUCGAAGCAUCUGCCAGAAGAAAAUAUAGAAAAUCGUUUCAUGAAAUAACAACAUAAUGUCUCUCCCAAAGACGGAAAAAUAAUAAUAAUAUAUAAAUUGAAUUAGAGAGAUCUCAAUCUGGAUGGAAUCUUCGAAUCUAAAUGGAAAAGAAAGUAAAACAAAGAUUCGUUAAAUUUCGUAAGAUUGUUAAAUUUUAAGUAUUUAUAAAAAGAGAGUACAGCAAUUUAUUUUAGAUAUAAAAUAAUAACACGAUAUAUCUUCGCACAAACGUAAAAUAUUUAAUAGGAUACAGGUUGUCAAAAUGUGAAAGGUCAUAAACUGAUAGAUCCAUUUCAAAAUGCAUCUAGAAAAUCCUUUUCCCAUAAAGAUUGAUUCCCAUAAAAAUUGUGGCAUACAGACAAGUCGAAAUUACAAAAUUAAAGAUCCAUUUCAAAAUCUAUCUAAUAAAGUUCUCAGUAUUAUUUUAUAAAUUAAUAAGACGAUAUCUUCCUCUGGAAAAAUACAAAAAUUAGUAGGAUAUAAGUUGAACUGUUUGAAAUUGAAACUUUAGAUUGCACAAAAAUUUAUAUGUUUGAACAAAGAGGACUAUAGAAGAAGAAGUUACAUGCUCGGCUACAAUCAAAGAACGAGUAUCUAGAAUUUGAGUGUAACAAAUAAUAAGAUCAUUCGAUAAUUGUUAUUAUGAAUUUACCUAGCGGUAGUACAAAGCGAUUAUUUGUCUAGGGGCGCUUUAGUUUCCUUGGCAGAAAUUAUCUUUGCCUGUGACCUCACUGUAAUGCGUUUAUAUCUAAUUGUUUUGCUCGUUGCACCUUCGUUGUGGAACUGUAUCUUGCACAUGGCGUUUAAAUUAAUACACCUUUCCAGAUGACUAUACGCGACUGAAGUAAAUAUUCGUUCUGAAAGUUUUAGGAUCGUAAAUAUUCAAAUAAAAUCCUUCGCUGCUUGUUACUCUUUCUCUUAUUGUUAAUUUAAACGUUAAAAAAGUUUCGCCCUCUUCGUCCGAAAAUUUGGAAAAUCCGGACCCAUGGAAAAGAUUAAGUUUUACGUUAAUCGAAGUGUUUGAAGUUUGAAUAUUGCAAAGGAUUAUUAAAGUGGUUAAGGUUAAAAAGUGGGAUAAAAGAUAAUGAAAAAAGUGAUGAACCUGCGCAAAGUAAAAUAAUAAUUAAAUAUAUUUAGAGUUUAACACCGCGGUAUUACAAUUUCAAUGAAAAUACGAAAAGUAACAAAAAAAAAAAAGAAAAAAAAGUACAUUGAAGAUAUUAAGAAAUAUGAUAAACAAAGACGUACCUUCUUGCGUUUAAUCGAAUAGUCGCAGAAUAGGAGUAUAAAUUAAUUUGUGGUUAAAAAGUGUACAUUGGAUUUAUUAAUUAAGGGCUUUUACUUGUGAAUAAUCGUUGCGCAGUUAAUUGAUAAUUAUUAUAAUCUAAAUGAACUUAUUUACGUAAAAUUAUUAUAAUACUUAAAACAAGAAAGUUAAAGUAAGAAUAAAUUAUAGAACUAAAUUGCUUCAUUUAUAUGAAGAAAAAUUAAGAAUUGCAACUUUUAAAAAUAAGUUAUAUGUUUCUUAAAAUAUUUGAAAAAUAUCCUAUUGUACUUCUUAUGAAUAAUAGUAGCCAUCAGAAAUCGAGAAUACAACGAUGGUUAGCACUUCAAGAUUAAUACAAGCAAACAACUAUGAAGAUUAACAAUGGAGGUACGAGAAUAUUAAUGAAAAAUUUAAAUGUUCAAUAUAUUUUUAAAAUGCAAUAAAAGUAAUAAACGAAAUAAAAAUAGUUUCUCGUUAUUAACCUCUGUAUUUGCUAUGUUUCCACAUUUAACACUCAAUAUAUUAAUCUCAAUUUUAUUUUCUCGUAAAUACAAAAAACCUAACUGCUUAUUUAUUUAUAAACAUUAUCUUUUAUUUUUACUUAAAAACCGAUUUUAAUAAAAUAAAAGUGUAAUCUUCACGUAAACAAAUUCGAGAGGCGAAAUUGCUGAAAUGUUCGAAGGAUUAAGAUUAAUCUGCAGAAAGGAAUUAUUAUUACAAAAUUUACUCUAAGUUAACGACGACGACGAUAACGACGAUGACGACGACGAUGUUAUUUAGAAUUUACAAAGAAGAGCAGGCCAGUCCAUUUUUGAUCUUCGUAAUUAAGAAAAAAGGAUAAACUGGAGAUGUAAUUAGUCAUUAUCCGCAUUAAGGUGAAUCAUACCAACAUUGAGGAAUAUAUCGUAAUAAUGCUAAUGAUGGACAUGUAACUAGUUAAAUAUAUAAUGCUUACCAAUGGCAAUGAAUGUUUGCUCUUCCAAUACUAACCGUAAGUUCAAUUAAAUAUAUUACCUUUCUUUUUAUUUUUUUUUAUACGUGGGGCAAUCCUGACGGACACCUUGCCGCUUUUCUGGGAAGCGGCAGGGUAGUAUCGGACUUACCGAUUACAACCGCCGGGUGGCCUACCUAACGCCCAACAGGAGUGUUCCGGGACCGAAUUCAAAUUACUGCCGGAGCACUCCUGCGUCUUCUCUCAUUCCGAGGGAGCCAUUCCUCCGGUCAAGUUUGAGCAUUGAGAGGGACCACACCUCUCAAUGCUAUCCCCUGGGUCGUCGUAUAAGUCCGAUGUACAGGACCCGGGAACAAACGAUUCCCUCAUAUAGUCAGCACACUCCGACCCUGAUCCCACUGAUAUACCCUUAUGUAGCAGCAAGCUACAUAAGGCGUUGGCUGCUGCCGUCACUUUGGGGACCAAGUGCUUGAAGUGCGGCCUGAACGUCCAUUGAUUGUCGAUGGUGAGGCCCAGAUUUUCAUCCGAAGCCCCACCUCGACAUCCUGUCCGUUUAUAUCCAAACACAGGCCGGGCGGAGGAGCCUCCCUAUGCCGCCAGUCGUAAAACCAAGUGGCCUCCGACUUGGCUGGGGACAUGCUGAAGCCCAGCCUGAAUUAAAUGUAUUAUCUAUCUAUUAUUUACUUAUCUAUCUUUCUACUAUCUCUUGUUAAAACUUGCUAUGUGUUAACCAAAUUCAUUAUACGUAACCGAUAUUUGAUAGAGGUAUGCAUUACUAAUUCUAACUUCGCAGGAUAUCUUAACAAUAAUUAAAUUCUAAGAGAUAAUUCUAAGAGUAACGACUCCUAUGUUGGAUGCAGUUAAUGCGGUCAUUGCACAGUAAGAAUAUUUAACAUAAGAGUAAAUUAACGAUAAAAAAUACGAGUAACUCUGGGUGAAGAGAUUAAGUGAUAAAACGAUAAAAUGGAACUGAUAGAGUGAUGUUAUAAAUUUCUUCAAAUAAGUUAAAUAAAAAAAAAAAAAAAAAUAGAGAGAAGAAAAGAAACAUAAGAUAAUAUACGAAAGUCUAUAAGUGUAAGUCUGUAUACUCCCAUCUAUGUUGAAAUAAGAUAGAAAAUAAUUUAAUUUAAUGUAACUCAACCAUAAAGUAAUUGAAGGUAUGUAUACGCUAAAAUGUUCUGUAUCACAUAGCACAUAGUUCAACUGUAAUCGUUAAUUAAAAGAUGAAAUGCACGAAUGGCGUAAUAAUGGGAAUCAUUAUUUUGCUCCGUUCCCUUAGAAUCUUUUAAUGUUCCAGGAACAAUUCAAAUUUUUUCAGCGACACGAAGUUGCGAACGAAGAACAAAUGCUAAUAGUCAGAUGUUCGAUAUAUUUCGAAAACUGCAGUUUCUUUUUUUAAUGAACCUUCAACGAGAAAUAUUUGUAAUUCAACUUUUUUUUUUAAUUAUUCAGUGAUAUGUCCGGGCAUUUUGUCGGUCAGUAAGUUCCGUACAAUGAUAAAUCAAGAAGUGAUUGACGAUCGUGUAUCUUGACAUUAUGCAAAAUAGCAGAGAGGUGAGAAGAAUCAAUCAUGGGCAUUUUGCUUGGUUAUACAAGGUUCGUUAACUCACUUGAGUCAUUUGUAAUUUCUGUUACCAUCGUUGGUCCAAAUCUCAAAUUAAAAUCAUAAUUACAAUUUCAACGAUAUAAUUUGAUUAUAAACAAAUGUACGAAAGAUAAAAAACAAUAGGAAAAAAAUGUAUAGAAAAAAGUAACACAAAAUUUCAACUGGCCUAACGUAAGAAGAUUAUUUAACACUUUUAUAGAUUUUAGAAUUUUAAUAAACUUAUUCUUCAGAAACGCUAAUAAUUUGAUCAUCCAAGGAUAAUAAUUUAAUUUAACGACCCCGUGAAAGAGAGUUAUAUUUCACACGGUAUAAACAGAAUUUUUUAACAAGGUCCUAUGUCAAGAAAAGUGCGUUAAACCAUUACCCGCUGUACAAGCAUAUUUACCAGAGGGUUGUCUACGAUUCUGCGUGGAUCGCGUGGCUCUGAAAGAUUGGUCCCCGAUACUGAAAAGCAUCGCCGAGAGUCGAAAUCUGUCGAAAAUCAAUAUCUAUAGCCGAAGUCGUUGCAAACGAGUACGUGAGAAAGUGAAUACGGAGGAGAAGCUUGAGAAAUUAUGGUAUCUACCGUAUAAUUCUGAACGUCAUGUCAGACAAAUUUAACCGAACUUUGUAAGAAACGUAAAACUGGCAGUCACGAAUCAUACUUAAACAAAGUAAAAGUGGUAUUACGUAAAGACAGAUUGCUACUACGAAAAGACAUAAAAUUAUCGUGUGGAAAAUUAUGAAUAGUCCUAGAAGCUCGAAUAUUUCGAAAUUUAAUUAAAGGUACUUCAUCUAAAUAUUUUGCAAUCAAAUACUUUAUGACAAUUAAAUUUAUAGAAUUGUUCGAUUUCGUUGUAUCCCCAAGCUUAAAAAUCCCAAGGUACUUCAUCUACGUAUCUUGCAAUCAAACAUUUUAUGAGAAUUAAAUUUAGAGAAAUGUCUGAUUUCGUUGCAUCCCCAAGCUUAAACUUCCUAAGCUUUGCUCUAACACUACAGUGUCGUCUUUCCACGUAGCACAAGUGCUCUGAAAUUUUCCUGUUCUUCCUGUCCCAAAAUUCAGUUACUAAAACAAUAAAUUUUCAAGUGUUGAAUUCUUCAAUUUCUAUAUUAUCAAAACGUUGAGCAUAAGUAUUCUCAAACUUUUCAAUUCCAAUUCAUCUUAUCUCAGGAAUGAUUAAUAAAAUAAUUAAAAAAUUCCAAUUCAGAAAUUCUUCAAUUUUUAUAUCACUAUAAUAAAAAUUGAAACCUUUUGAAUUCAAACCUUUUUAUCUUCAGACUAAUUACGAAAACAAUACAAAAUUUCAGAAAUUCUUCAGUUUCUACAUUAUUAGAUUCUUAAGCACACCAAAAAAUCAAAUUAUAUUGCUAUAGAAAUAAAAACAGGACCUACAUUGAAUUUUUUCUAUGCCUAAGAUUGAAAUUUCUACGCUUGAAGGGUGAAUAUUUAAUGCACAACCAGCACGAAAUUAUAUUCGAGAGAUAUAUUUUCCUUGCGGAUACUACUGCCAGAAAGUUUAAGCUUGCAGGUCUGCAUCUCCUGGACUGAAUGGAAAGAGAGAAAAGAGAGAUUUAAAUGGAAAGGGAACGAUCUAAAGGAAUGUGGAACCAGAGGAGGGACAAAAUGAAGGCCGGAGAAAGACAGGAGGAGAGGGAUAAACGAAGGAAAAGGCCAGAAUCUCCCAAUAUAAAUAAUAUAGAGAAAGUUAGAAUAUAAACAAAAAAGAAAGACGUUGAUACCCUAGACUGGCAUUUGAUGACACGUCCAGGCGAUGCAAAGGAAAGGAUCAAGCAAGUCCAGUCAUCUACACUAACUUCCUGUUGCGCUGUCUCGUCGACUCCAUCGCUGUUUGCGCGAGGGAUUCUUCCGCCAUCACCUCCAUCACUCUCGAUGGGAUUCCGUUAUCUCUCAAGUACCUCAACAUCCUCUGUUGCGGUUUGAAGAACAACGAGAAGCUAAUUAAUCUAUCUUUGACGAAGUGUCAUAUAGGAGACGUCGGUUGUGAUUUGUUGUUGGGCUGUUUGAGGAACAAUCCAAAAUUGUGUGUAUUAAAUUUAUCGUCCUGCCGGCUGUCGAACAGAAGUGCCAUGUGCCUGUCCCUGUUCUUGAAGAGAAGGAAGGCUGAUCUGUUGCAGAAUGUUUGGGAACAGUCCUCUGUACAAUCUCCGGAAGAAAAUUCUGACAAGAAGCCCCAGGGAUUGCACACGUUGAUUCUGAACCAAAAUCCAAAAAUCGGGGACACCGGCUUGAGGCAGUUAGUUUAUGCGUUAAAAAGCGACGUCUGGCUGAGAUCGCUGAGUCUGAGGCACUGUGGGAUCAGUAAACACGGAGCAGAGACGAUGAUUCGUCUCUUACAAACCAACAGUAGAAUUACGAAGCUAGAUCUCACUGAAAAUCGCAUACCUAUUAACACCUUACAAAUGAUACUGAGGAUAUUGAAGAGAAGGCGAGAGAUGGCUGAAAGUAUAACGUCGAAGAAAAGAUUUCGUAUAGAUAUGAGACGAGACUUGAUAAAUAAUAGAAUUCAUGAACUUAUAAAACAACGUAGAAGAAGUUUACGAAAUAGAACAGAAAGGCUCAACAAACAUUCAACGCAGAAACGUCAUUGGAAGAAGAUCCAUAGGUUCGAGAUAAAAGUGAAACAGUCGAAGGAAAUAGAAGUUCCGAAAGAGGAUCAAAGUCGAAGGAAGAAACUUGGAGAUUUGGAAUCGCAGUUAUGGAGUCUAGUCGAGUCGAAUUUCAAAUUGAAGGAGGAACUAUCGAGCAAUAAAGCGUUGCUGGAUACAGAAGCGCAACAAAGAUCAAAAAUGGAGGACGAGUUGCAAAAAGUGUCGCUUCGGUUAAACGACCUUAAAAGCAAAGUCGUUAUGUUAGAUUGUGUUUCCUCGAAUGCUUGUAACGAAAGUCGCUUAUUGAAGGGACUGAAGUACAUUUUUGACAAAUUGGAAUCAUUUUCGACAGCGAGGCAGAAGGAUAUAAACGAGGAAGUUCUUUUGAAUCCUGUGGAGCCAUUAUGGUCAUCGCCAUUGACACAACAAAUGGAGAAUAGUUUCGCGAAUUGCUUGCAACAGACUAACGUAGCUUUGUUCCCCGUUGAAAAUAUCACGAUGCGAAUUUCAGAUAAUUUUUGAAGAUAUAUAUAUAUAAAUAACAUACAAAUUACUUUUAUGAAGUCUAUUUUAAUAAAAGAAGCGUUUUAUAUCAUUUUGAAUUGUAUUUUUACGGUGGUAUUGUAAGAAUAAAUGUUUGGUAAAGAGAA